AUGCCAGCAUCUCCUACCUCCGAUGUCCGGGGCAAAGUGUUUGACAAAUUUACUCAAAUCCGGCAUAGCCACGACAAUUACCACCGGUCUGAACUUGCAGGGACACAGACUCUGUGUGGAAGGAAUGAUGGUAGAGAGAGGACAGAAGACAUGCUUCGAAGCGAAGACAGUAAUAUGAACGGGGCAGAAAUAGUCUUGAAAGACCGUCAUAUGAGUUUGAUUGCUAUUGGAGGUGCCAUCGGCACGGGCAUCUUUCUCUCAACCCACCCCGCACUCGAAGCUGGGCCGCCCAUAUCGCUGUUGGCUAGAUACUGUCUAGUAGGGGCGGCAUUGUGGUUCGUGGUACGUUGUUUUGGAGAAACGGCAGCACUUUUUCUGAUGGAAUACCCGAUAUUGUUCAUUGAUGGUGGAUGGGGCGAAGCCCUCGGUCGAGGGCUUCCCAAGUUCUGGGCCUCGCCCAUAGCUGCGUUCAUUUUCUUGGGGGGGUUCUUCGAGGAAAGAUGGUUCUCGUCCACGAUUAAACUAGUUUGGAUUCUGCCGUGGCUCGUUCUCUCUCCACUUCUUGGAAGAGUUUCGGCGAAAAUCUUGAGGACGGUGGAUGUUUGCAUCCAUACCUUCAAGCGAACAUUUUUUGAGUAUCUACCUGUGAGUAGAUUACCACGAUCAAGAUCACCAGUUGGGCAGGCACUCUUCAUGAGCAUUCUCUUCGGCACGUCGCCCGUGGCCGCGACUUCCUUGGGAACCGGCAUGCAUCAAUCCGCGGCAAUGACACACUGCUCAUCAAUAUUCAAGGCCCUGUACCUCGAAUCUCACAAAGUAACAAAGCUCUUCACAUCUCCUCAACCGCCAUUUCCUCGCUCCAUCCCGGCACCCACCCUCCUCUUGGUCACCCUGCUGGUGACAACAAUCCUCGUCUUGCUGUACACGUUUCUCCGCACCAAGCCUUACACCCAAAAAUGCCUCCUUGCCGGCCUCUUCUUUUCCAUGCUCUGGGGCACGGCCUUCGCAGUCGAUGUACCAGAUUUCGUGUUCCGACAUCUGUUUUUCGGCGUUAAUUUUGCGCUGCUUGGGAGUAUGUGGUUUCGGUUUUUGCAUACUGGUGAUAUGGUUGAUCAGGUUGUGGAGGAGAAGCAGGGGGAGGAUGUGGAGUCGGGAAAAGGAAAUGAUUUUGGUGCUGUCGAGAAAAGGAAGUGUCUGGUCUGA